AUGCAGCGGCCGGGGGAGCCGGGCGCCGCGCGCUUCGGGCCGCCCGAGGGCUGCGCCGACCACCGGCCGCACCGCUACCGCAGCUUCAUGAUCGAGGAGAUCCUCACCGAGCCGCCGGGGCCCAAGGGCGCCGCGCCCGCCGCCGCCGCCGCCGCCGCCGCGGGCGAGCUGCUCAAGUUCGGCGUGCAGGCGCUGCUGGCGGCGCGGCCCUUCCACAGCCACCUGGCCGUGCUGAAGGCCGAGCAGGCGGCGGUGUUUAAGUUCCCGCUGGCGCCGCUCGGUUGCUCCGGGCUGGGCUCGGCGCUGCUGGCUGCGGGGCCCGGACUGCCCGGUGCCGCGGGCGCGCCGCACCUGCCGCUGGAGCUGCAGCUGCGCGGGAAGCUGGAGGCGCCGGGCACUGGGGAGCCGGGCACCAAGGCCAAGAAGGGGCGUCGGAGCCGCACGGUGUUCACCGAGCUGCAGCUGAUGGGCCUAGAGAAGCGCUUCGAGAAGCAGAAGUACCUCUCCACACCCGACAGAAUAGAUCUCGCGGAGUCCCUGGGCCUGAGCCAGUUACAGGUGAAGACGUGGUACCAGAACCGGCGGAUGAAGUGGAAGAAAAUAGUGCUGCAGGGUGGCGGCCUGGAGUCUCCCACCAAGCCCAAGGGGCGGCCCAAGAAGAACUCCAUCCCCACAAGCGAGCAGCUCACGGAGCAGGAGCGCGCCAAGGAGGCGGAGAAGUCGGCGGAGGCGCCAGGCGAGGCCAGCGACAGGAGCCGCGAGGACUGAGCGCGGCAAGGGGUGCGGCCCGGGACCCUCGCGCCGCCGGUGGCCCCCUCAGCCCGCGGGAAGCCGCGAGCCGGCCCUUCUGCACCCACGCCGUUUGCUUUCUAAACGUUUUAUUAUCUUGAAUGCGGACAGUUAGGGGCCAAACAAGGAAGGACACAGACCCUGAAGCCAAACCCCGGCCCCGGUGCGCUCCGGGCCCUGGCCUGGAGACUGGCGUCUGGCGCUGCGGAGGGUCGCCUCUAGUCGGAGCUCCGCGGCGCCGGGCGCCCCACGCGCAUUCACGCCCCGCUCCUCUCCCGCACCCCCACCCGCCUCGGCCGGUUCCGGACGCCGCCGGGCGCACUCCCGCUUCCGCGCGUCAGGGACCCCGCUGCUGGAGCAGGCCACCACGGCCGGCCAGAGACGGCGCCCGGACAGCCCGGCGCUCGGCCCUGCAGCUGGGUUCCCGACGUCGCUGGGGCCCCUACCCCUCUCUUGCGAAGACGGUGAUCUUUUUUCCAAUAAAAUAUUUUAUGACAC